GCUCGACCUCUGUUCCCGACGCGUCGUACGGCGCUGCCGCCUUCCCGAUAUCCGCGAAUCUCGACUGCUCGAACUUCUCGCGGCCCGACGCGCUCGACGACGACGUACAGGCGCCCGAUGCCGGAGGUACACAGUCAGCCUGGACCCUCCCGACGUGAUCUCUACGACCGAUGUAUCUCGGGAGAGCAGAAUCGACCUUUCAUCCCUCGCCUGAGGAGUGAUCCCACUCCGUUUGAACCCGUACCACAUAGCUUGGUCGAGUUUCGGGCCAUUGAAGGCAAGGGAGAACGAGAGAGGCGGCUCAGGGCACUUUGGCAGCGGUUAUCCUCGGAACCGCAUCGGGGACACUUGCCAUGGACCACUCCAUCGAAAAACAAAGAUGUGCCAGUGAAGGACCUGCAUGAUCUAACUCCCGAACGCGCUCGUGAGAUGAAGAAGGUGUAUGACGAGGAGCUGGCUGGGAAGAUGAAUGGGCAUCUUGUUGGUUCCUUGACCGGGCAUGUCAGUUGGGAAGACUUCAAGGCGUAUGCGGAUGCGAAAGAAGUCGAGCUAUGGCGAAUAUUUCACGAUGAGCUGGACUUGGACGGCAACGGCCACCUGGAUGCCCGAGAGUUAGAACAUGCUCUAGAACACGCUGGUAUUAAUCUGAACCCAUCUACUCUCGCCGACUUCAUGACUUCUCUGUCGAAGUCUCCGCACUCCCAUGCCAUCAACUUCACGGAAUUUCGCGACUUCCUUUUAUUCAUGCCACGCCGUGCGUCAACGGAGGAAAUAUAUCGUUUCUACGAAGUACACAAAUUCCUUGGUGACGAUGGCAGAGGAGCAGCGCGGGUGAACAUGGAGGGGGAUGUCACAUUGAGUGCGGAGGAUAGACCACCAUCACACCCAACGAACCUCGGCCGUUCAUUAGCCAGCAAAGCCGAGAAUCUGGACGCGCCUGUAGACCACACUGCGACCGCUUUGGAAGGAGGGGACGAAGAAGAGGAAGAAGAUCACCAAGGCCCUGCAAUAUUCGGAGGAGCGACAGCCCUGAGAUUUCUAUUGGCCGGAGGCAUCGCUGGAGCAGUCUCGAGGACGUGCACUGCGCCUUUCGAUCGUUUGAAAAUAUUUCUUAUCACCCGACCUCCUGAUAUGGGUGGGGCGAAAUUAGCAGGCGCAGCAGUUUUGACCAAUCCGAAAGAGGUGUCCAAAGCAAGUUUACACGGUGCAAAGGCGCUUGCGAACGCUGUCACCCGGAUCUAUGCAGAAGGCGGUAUCCUUGCUUUCUGGGUCGGCAACGGUCUCUCAGUUGUGAAGAUUUUUCCCGAAUCCGCGAUCAAGUUUCUAACCUAUGAGUCGUCGAAAAAAGUAUUCGCUCGGUAUUGGGAUCAAGUUGAAGACACCCGAGACAUCAGUGGUGUGAGCCGCUUUGUGUCUGGUGGUAUUGGCGGGAUCUCCAGCCAGCUGUCCAUUUACCCAAUAGAAACUUUGAAGACGCAAAUGAUGAGCUCUUCAGGCGAGCAAAGACGGACUUUAGCUCAAGCCGCCCGGCAUGUCUGGGACCUAGGCGGUAUUCGUGCGUAUUAUCGCGGACUGACAAUUGGUUUAGUCGGCGUUUUCCCCUACGCAGCGAUCGACAUGAGCACCUUCGAAGGGCUUAAGCUGGCCUACCUGCGCUCCACCGGGAAGGAUGAACCGGGUGUGCUCGCAUUGCUAGCCUUCGGGAGCAUAUCCGGGAGUGUCGGUGCCACGAGCGUCUACCCACUAAAUUUGGUUCGAACGCGCCUGCAGGCCUCAGGGUCCUCUGGCCACCCGCAGCGGUAUACCGGUUUCCGCGAUGUUAUACAAAAGACCUACGCACGGGACGGGUGGCGCGGGUUCUAUCGGGGUCUCUUCCCUACCCUCGCGAAGGUCGUCCCUGCAGUCUCUAUCUCCUACGUUGUAUAUGAAUCCAGCAAACGGAAGCUUGGUGUAUAAGGUUUGCCAUGCUUUUCCAUUCUGUUCUCCGAAUUGCUUUAGACAGUUUUACGAAUACCCAUUGCACACAACAACUCUACUGUACAUUCUAUAUCAACAGGGACUAGACAGUCACAUCCGACUCAUAAGUGGAUGCCACCAUCUUCGUCCUCAGGAGGCAGAUGCCGGUGAGAUGGUUGCAACGGCGGACUUGGCUGAACGUCGUCAUCGUUCAGGUUAUGCGUUGUAAACGCCCGUUCGCGCGGCAUGGCCUGCGUUGUUUCCGCAUUACUUGGCCCUGUAACAGGAUGCGGAUCCUGUGCUCUUCGCGACAAGUCGUAAUGGCCAUUCGUGGAAACGCCCUUCUGGGCCAGUGCCAUAUUGAGCAUCCCGAUGCGCUCUUCUUGCGACCCUAUCACAAGCUCGUUGUCUUCUGUGGCGUGCAUAAUGUCGUGGUCCUCGGACCCGGAGAUGAUGAACUCGCGCAAUUCAUUUUGCGUCCGCCGAAGGUGUUCCAGCGAGUUUUUCAGUCGUGCUAUUUCCUCGGUGAUCGUGGGGACAUCGAGCUGGAUUGCAUGUUCGAGAGUGAACGGUUGGCGGUAGCGAGGCGUGUAGUCCAUUGCACGCGAUGACGUCGUCGUCGGGAGCAAGCGCACCGGUUAG